AUGUCUGCCGUUGAUGGAUUGAACAAUGGAAGGGACUACUUUGACAUUGAUGAUAUUCUUGCAAGUGAAGAACGUGUUGCUGUGAUAUUUAAUUUCACCAUUCCAAACAUUGGAAAAUAUAUUAAAACUGCAGCAGCUAUGCAAAAAGAACAUCUUCGUCAAAUAACCAAUGGAAAUCAAGAUCAUUCCGAAGAUGAAAUAGAAGAGGAAAAUAACAAUUCCAUUAAAUUUAUUGAAAAAUAUAUAAUUGAAAGAGGAACUAAAGUUGAGGUACCGUUUUGGUUGGCUUCUGUGUGUGGAAAAGAGGGAUUUGUUGAAGUUGAGGUACCUAGAGUUUUUACAGACUUGAACUAUGUCACAUCCAACUUUGAAAAAGCAUCUCUAUCAAAAGUUAACAGAUACUUUUAUGAUUUUGGCACAAGUCUAUUCAAAUUAAUGGCUGAAAUUGCAGAAUCAAUCAAACAAGAUCAAGAAUUAGAGUCUCUCUAUAUUCGAAAAAGGUAUACUCUAAUAGAUACACUUGUACAUAGAUUUAAGGUCUUUUUACGACAAGGCUAUAUUGCCAGUAAUCAGAAGAGUACCAGCAGCUGGCUCACUGAACAAUACUCGGAAUUCAAGUCAAAAUUGUGCAAUAGCGAAUUAACCAUUUUACAAAUGAUUCAAUUAGAAGAAACAUCCUUCAUAGAUUGGAAACACAAAUCACUUGGCACCUACAAACUGCAGUAUGGUGAUAAAAAUUAUAUUUCAGAGAGUUCAAAUAAUGAUAAUACAUCUACAACUGAAGAUGACUCCGAUCCAGGUAAUAAAAGAAGAAGAAUGUAA